AUGAGGAUAGCUUUGCUGUUGCUGGCGGUCUUCGGGCUAGCCACCACCCGAGUGGUCAAACGGGAAGCCAUGCCAAAUGACGAGGAUCUCACUGCAGCUACAGAAGCCGCGACUACUACAGUAAAACCAGAAGUAAGCGGCACCAGCGCCUGGAGCGAGCACGAGAUUCUGGCCAAGAUUUUGAGCGAUCCGGCGAAGAAGAAAAAACUCGACGCCCUCAACCAGGAGUACCAGCUGAAACUCCUCGCCCUGUUCCACGAGCAAGAGAGCGAGAUGGGCGUUGUGCUCGAAAAGCACAAGAAAAAGAAGGAGAAGAAGGACAAGAAGAAGGAGGACAAGAAGGAGCCUGAGCUGCCGACUACCGCAUCUACGACUCCGUCUACAACUCCAGUUACCACCGCAGUCACUACAGGAAAGCCAAAGGAGAAAGUGACUCAGAAAAAGGAAGCUGCUACCUCACCCAGGCCAAAAGCCUUGAGCCAGAAGACGAGUCUAAGGACGGGGAAGUCGGAGGAGUACGACGAUCAGGUCACUUCGGCUGAUGUCUCUGGGCAGGCGGAGGAUAGCGAGGAGUUGAGCUCCGCUUCCCUGGAGGCCGCCUCAAAAAUCAUUCGCCGCAAGCAGCAGGCCGAUAGGCAAAAGAAAUCCGCAGCCAAAAAAGCGCUGAAGGCGAAGCUCAAGAAAAUGAGCCCCGGCGAACGGCACAAAUGGCACCAGGCCAAAAAGGAGGCCGAGGCCAAGGGAAAACGACAAGUCAAGCGCGAGGAAGAGGCCAAGAAGAAAGCAGCUGAAGCCGGCAAGCCCGAUCCAUUGAAGGAGUUCUUCGAAUCGCUGAAGCCGGAAAAUGCCAAGAGGACAUGGGAAAAGCUGUUCCCCGCCCUCACCACCAAGGCUCCCGAGCCGGCCAAGCCGGACGCGAAAAAGCCA